GAGAGAGAGCCCGUUCAGACAUGGAGGUGCAGAACGAGGGCAGUACAGCAGUCUACUACAGCUGGCAGCGCCUGGCUGUACCACAUAGCUUCCCUGACGCCAGGACACAUACAUACACACAGCACUUCUACUUCAACACCUCCACAGGUGUGAUUCUACCAGGUGACAGCAAGCGUGUAGAGUUUAUAUUUAAGUCGGAGGUCCCAGGCAUCAGGACAGAGGUGUGGCGUCUCAACACACACCCUGUCCUGCUGGGCGGAGCCUCCAUCCAGGUGACACUGAGGGGCGUGGCUCUUUACCAGGACAAGACCGCUGACCAGAGACACGCUCUGGAGUUGUAUUAA